AUGACAAAUACUUGUAUGCAAUGCCAAAGGGAGAUGGAGUACGAUCCACUUGGAUGCAAACCAGAAUGCAGCUACUGAGUUCAAUGUACGUUGAAUAAAUGGGAGAAUAUGAAAGAGUUGAAACCGAGACUUAGGACAAGAUGCGUCUGCGGCAAUGCUCUCCCUAAAAAUUCAGUAGAUUAUUUUCAGAGUUUUUUAGGAUUAAAUUACUCUGAAGUGGAUCAGAGUGGACUUUCGAUACUAGAUCGAGAUGAAAAUGAAUACUCUCAAGAAGAUUCAGAAAGUAGAAUAGACACAUUCGAUUCUAACAAUGAAAGUGAUGCUGCUAAUAUAGAAGAAGGAAUUAUAAUUAGAGCUGAGCAAAUCCAAAAUCCAGUUCGAGAUCAUGGUUUACUGAAUUAUCAAAGAUCAAGACUAGAUGUUAUGGAGAUACUCAGUAAAAUCGCCCAUAUUGUGGUUAAUACAGCUGUCUUGUUAGGAAGAUACUUCUUUUUUUAGGAUAAAUGAUGACUGCAAAAUGCUUUUGUUCUCAAUUGCUGUAGUGAUUACAUACAUAGUAGGACUUGAGUGGAUGAGAACAAUAUCAGUAAAUAUAUUUGUAUUUUAUGGGCUGUGGAUCUUUUUUAAAUGAGAAGCAAUUGUUGUCAAUCUUUGCUCUCCUGUAUGAAUUGAGUCUGUCUUAACGUUGAACUUUGGAUUUACCAAAAGAGAGCUAUUGUCGUAUGGGUUUUUAUCUUUCGUUGUUGUGUAUUGCUUCUUAUGGUAUAAAAAUAUCUCAUUGAUUUGGGUUUGCAUUGCCAUUCUCAUUGCCAUUCUCAUAAUCAUGAUCAUCUUUAAAUUUGUUGUCUUUGUUGUCAACGAAUCCUAUUCUGAAAUCUACGGCGGACAACUGAUUUUCUGUUCCAGAAUGAAUGAUUGGCUAAGUUUCAGAGAAGCAGUAGAUGGUUAUUUUAACUAAGUGAAUACGAAGCAGAUUCUUAGUGAUUCUUGAAAAGGUACAUAAUAUAUUUCUUAUUUUCUAUUCAUACUUGC